AUGAGCGACGAUCAUGGUGGCACACUGGAAGCAGAACUGGAAACUCAGGAUCCCAAGGCGCCCGACGCGGGAUCGGACGAUGAGGAGGACGAGGAGGAUGCGGGAGGGGUGUCGGACGGGCAGCAGGAGGGUUCUGGCGGCGAGUCCAAAGAGGGAGGAGGGGAGACGGCGAACGGAACGGGGAAAAAGAAGAAGAAAAAGCAGAAAAAGCGCAAGAAGAAGGGCGCGGGUGGGGGAUCCAGUGACAGCGCCUCCUCGGGUUCCGCCUCCCCAGGCGCUUCUCCGCCCACCUCCCCUUCCGCCAAUUCCGCGCCCUCCGCUUCGUUCCCCCCAUCGUCGUCUGCGGAUGCGCCCCUGUGCCAGCCGGACCUGGAUGACAUGCUUCCGGUUGAGGUGGCGGAAAAGAGGUUUGCGGCAGCGCUGGAGUCGAUGCGCAGCAAGGCGGAUCUGUGCAUGUGGGUGCAGCUAGCGCGGUGCCGUGUGGGCGACAAGAAGCUGCGCCGCCUCACAGACGCGCUCAUCCACUGCGAGACAGUCACCUCUGUGGACUUAUCAGAGAACCUUAUAUCGGAUGCAGGCCUGCGCCAGCUCGCCUGCGCGCUCUCCGCCCCAAGCGCCGCCCCGGAUUUGAUUUCCCUGAACGUAAAGCGCAAUCCGAUUUCGGCUUCCGGGCGGGCGUGUCUGGCGAAUCUGCAGGCUGUGAGGAAGCUAGUGAGGGUGAGUGGGGGUGGUGGGUGGGGGCACGGGGCUGUCCGUGAGUACGAGGAGAGCCCGCCUCCAGCAGCACAGGAGAAGAAGGGCGCGCAGGGAGGCAAGGGGCAGGGCAUGGCGGACCCACGUGGCUUUGAAAGCGGGGAGCGGAUGGGGGGGGGGUUGGCCAGCAAGGCGAGCAACCCACAGAUCCGGAUUGACGCGGCCGUCCGGUUCAUCAGGGAAGCAUCCGAGAAGCUGCAGCAGAUGGCACCUGAGGGCAGCAGCAGGCGGAGCAUAGCGACACGGGUGUUUGAUUCGAGCAUGAUGACGGAGGCACUGGAGGACGUGGUGGAGCUCGUGGAUGCUGACCUGCGCCGCAACCCCUCAAAGUCCUACCACAACUCGCCCAUCAACAAGCUUCCCUUACCGCUGCGGCUGGUGGUGGAAAGUCUACCGACGUUCGCCUCCCUGCUGGAGCUACCCAUACCGCCCCAGCAGUGCCAGCGCAAGCUGGCAGAGCCAGCAGCGGGGCGGCACCGCAUCCUGGCGGUGCUGCUGCUGCGCAAGGUGCUGGGGGCGUGUGGGCGCGUGGUGGAUGACCGGCUGGCACGGGAGGACUUGGGGCGCAAGGUGGCGGCGCUGCUGUUUGACUUCCCCUGGAGCAACGUGCUGCACCACGGGGUGCUGGGGGCGUGCAGGCGCGUGGUGGAUGAUAGGCUGGCAAGGGAGGGCGUGGGGAGGAAGGUGGCGGCGCUGCUGUUUGACUUCCCCUGGAGCAACGUGCUGCACCAUGGCGUGUGCUGCUUCCUCAUGGUACGUGCUGCUUCCUCAUGGUACGUGCUGCUUCCUCAUGGUAUGUGCUGCUUCCUCAUGGUACGUGCUGCUUCCUCAUGGUACGUGCUGCUUCCUCAUGGUACGUGCUGCAUCCUCAUGGUACGUGCUGCUUCCUCAUGGUACGUGCUGCUUCCUCAUGCACCUGCCCUGUCUUCACUCCUCCAAACCAAGCGCCUUGCCAUUCUUCGUUCAUCAGUGCUUCUCUCACAAUCCCAGAUCGUUCCGCUCUUCCCCCAUCCGCCCCUCCAUGGUGCGUCCAUUCGCCAGUCCGCCCUGGAGCGUCCCAACUCAUCCCUCUCCUCGUCUCUCCUUGACCCUCCUCUUUCCGAUGACUCCUCCUCCUCCACAUCAUCCACCAUCACUGCUCUCUCCUCGUCGCCGGCUCUGCCCUCCUCCUCUCCACCUGCUGCCACGACCAGUGCCACCACCACCACCGACAGCACCACUGCUGCUCAUGCUGCUGCAGUUUCCGAAUCUGCUGCUGCGUCUGCUGCUGCUGCUGCAGAGUCUGCCUCUUCCGAUCCCCCCUCCACCUCCCCUGAUACUCCGCCCACAAGUGCAGGGGGGGACGAGGGGGCAGUGAGGAAGGCCCGGGGGAGCGGGCAGGGGGAGGGGGAGGCGGACCCCCGUCCCCAGGUGGAUGUAGAGCCAGAGGCCAAGCGUGGGCGCGUGAAUGGGGAGAAGGGGGAAGCAGGAGGGAAGGGGGGAGCAGAAGAGGAAGGGACAAAUAAGGUAGCAGAGGUGACGGGUGGUGGGGCGGAGGAGGGUGGUAGUGGGACUGUUGAUAGCGAGGCUGUUAGUAAUGAGGUGGAGACGGUGGAGAGGGAGGGCCCAGGAGAGGAAGAGAAGGGGGCAGAAGAUAAGGGCCAAAACGAGGACAAGGGGAAGGGGGAUAAACGGGAGGAAGGGGAGGGGAAUAGCAAGGGGGAGGGUGAAGGGGAGAAGCAGGCAGCAGCGUCAGCAGCGGCAUCAGAUCCAACAGGCAUGCAGGCCCAAUCAUUCAGCUCAUGUUUGACAUUAGGGGCAGAGCAACCACCAGUGCGCCACUGCAGGUAUGCACCCUCACUCUCAACCUCUGCACGUGUGCACCCUCACUCUCAACCACUGCGCGUGUGCACCCUCACUCUCAACCACUGCACGUGUGCACCCUCACUCUCAACCAUUGCACGUGUGCACACCUCUCACUCUGCACAUCUCUCACUUCCCCCUCUCAUUCCCCCUCCCUUCCCCCCUCUCCCUCCCCCCUUCCGUCCCCACCCAUGGCAGGCGAAGCUAGAAAAGCUGCCAGAGUGGCAGGUGUUUGCCCAGGCAGGGGGGCAGCUGGACGAGCUGCUUUCACAGCAGCACGGUGCUCUGUGUGGGCCCAAGCCAGUGGUGCCGGGCAGUGAUGUGCCUGACAUGGGUGCAGGCAGUGGCGGGCAAAGCAUGCUGUUUGGGGAGCCCGACCUGCCACCCUCUUUUCCACUACGCGCGUCCGCCAUGGAUUUCCACCUUGAGACAACAGAUAGCCAGCAAAUUCUCGGAAGCAGCGUUUUGCUCUCACGCGCUGCUUCCGAGCCCUGUUCUUCCGCCAGAUAUCGCGCCGAGGAUCCCGGUGGACCGCCGUAUAAAACUCGCCGUAUCCGCUCAGGAGCAAUAGCACCAGCAGCCGACAGUCCCAUGGCGGCAGCGUCAGUGGCGGCGCCGCAAGAGCCGGCGGUGAUGGCGGUCCGAAUCAACCGGCCGGACCUGCAGUCUUUGACGGACGUCGUUAACGCUGACGGCCACGCGUGGCUGAAGUACGGCGAGAAGCGCAUUAGCAAGAACACUGUCAUGAGGGCGAGUGCCAGAUCGAGCGACAGUGCGAGCGACAGGGCGAGCGAGAGGGCGAGCACGGCUGCCUACAUGGUGAUGGGGCUUGGCGAGAGUGAAGCACUGCGGGGGAAUGUGGAGGAGGAGAGCCGGCACGUCACAGACAUGGCGAUGACAGGAGGGGCGGCACGCGCUGGCUCCACUCACACGAGUGCCGGCGCUGCUUUCUGUGGCGCCGGUGCUGCUGCCUGCUUCCCUGUGCUCGCCGCGAUGCUCCCUGCUGCAGCAAACGCCACGGAGAACAUCGCAGCGACUGCUGAUCCGUGGAGUGGCAACAACAGGGUGGCAGUGAGCGCGCGAGUAUCGGAGCUGCAUACAACGAGGAUGGGCAGUCUAGUUCGAGCAGACGGCUUGGCGUGGGGCGGCCACGGAGGAGGAGAGCAGGGGGGCGUGCGGGAACAUGCAGACGGUGCUGCCCCCGCUGCUGCUGCUGCCAUGGCUGCCGGUCCAGCCCGUGCCCGCAUCAGUGCAUGUGCUCAAGGAACUUUUCUCAUGAGCCGGCGCUGCUGCAAGCAGGAGGAGCAGGGGGAGGAUGAGAAAGGGGAGGGGGAGCACCUGUCGCUGGACCUCUCACUCAGCGCCCCUGGGACGUGUCAGGGCCAAGAGACGGUCGGGCGUGCUGCAUGCGCGAGGGACAUCAAGGCAUGGGGGAGAGAGGAGCCUGUGGCUGGCACUACCGGACAAGCGGCCCUUGCACCACAUAGUAAUCUCUCUCUUACACCUUCGCGCGCUCCCUUCCUUCCGCUUCCACCCUUCCACUCCCUUCCUUCCUCUCCCCUCCUUCCGCUCCCCUCCUUCCUCUCCCCUCCUUCCUCUCCCCUCCUUCCGCUCCCCUCCUUCCGCUCCCCUCCUUCCGCUCCCCUCCUUCCGCUCCCCUCCUUCCGCUCCCCUCCUUCCGCUCCCGUCCUUCCGCUCCCGUCCUUCCCCUUCCCUGCUUCCACUACCCGCCUUCCGCGCCCGUCGUUGCGCUCCUCACCUCCGCCCCGCUUUGCUUCUCAGCUCCCGCCCCACCUCCCCCUUACCCUGUCCGUGCCCUCCCCGUAUUCUUCCAGUGGAUCGUUCCGCCCUUUCCUCCGCCCGUUUGCGCUUGGCGCGCUGAUGGGCUCCCUGCUUGUCACCAUCUCGCUUCUCUCCGCCAAUCCCCCCCGCGCUGACCCCUCCGCGGCUGUAGCUUCCGCCAGUGGAGCGGGGGGCGCGGGGACGUUGGGGGUAGCGGGCGCAAAGGGGGAUGCAGAAAGUGGCGCAAGCUACACGGGACCCCGGGAAGGGGAGUUGUUUUUGCGCGGUGAUGUAACGAGCGGUGUGGUAACCAGCAAUGUGGUAACCAUGUCAUCGUCAGGAGGGGCUCUAGAUGCAGUUGAUUCUCUGCCGGGCCUGUCGGAGGGGUUCGGCUUGGCACUGACGGACCUGGAGCAGAGGGACCCCACGCGCCUGGCGCUCCAGCUCAGCAACCGCCAGCUGGCAGCGCUGAUCGCUGACGUGGCGCAAUGGCGGGCGAGGAGCGGUGCCAGCAUGGACCGCGUGCUGAGCGCGGCCAGGGAGGAGCUCCGCACCCUCCUUGCUUCUCCGCCCUCCGCCAUCCAACUCGUUCCGCCCUCCUCGCUCCCCCUCCUCCUCUCCUUCCUCCGUCCCCCCAACACCUCUACCCACCCCACUGCCGCCGCCCUCUCUGCUGCUCUCACCGUUCUCCUGCCCAUCUUACCUGCUUCCGUUUCCUCCCUCACUGCUGCUGCCGCUGCUGCCCCUGCUGCUGCUUCUGGGGACGCAGGAGGGGGAGAGGGAGGUGAAGGGGGAAGGAGUGGGAAGGCAGGAAGGGAAGGGGGUGUGUGGAGGGGAGGAGUGGACGGCAUGGAGAGGUGCAUGGCGCUCAUGUGUCAAGUGGAAAGGCAGCAGAUGAUGUAUGCUCGAGCCAAUUCUACAAGCUGUCAGCUGUUACCCUUGACUGAGUCUCAAAGGGCAUCUCUCGCCUCUGUGUACUCGCCCAGUAGACCACCCGACUCACGCAUCAUCUGCUCUGCUCCCUCUGUGCACACGGCAGCAAGGGAGGAGUAUGACGAGUUGGUGCGCGAGAGAAGGGCGUGGGAGGUGGUGGGGUUGCAUUGGGAGUGGGUGGAGGCGCGGAGAGAGUGGAUGGGGCCUGCUCGCAGCACCAUGGAGGCACUUCAGCGCCUCAUGAGCAUGCCGCCCGGUUCAGGCAUAUUCCGCAAGCUCUUUGACUACAUAUUCUGGCUGCGCCCCUACGUUGCUCUCUUCCGCUCCAUACCCACCCCCGCACUCUCCUCCCUCUCAUCCCUCCGCCUCUCCUCCAUCCGCUCCUCCCUCUCCCUCGACGGGCGGCAAGCAGCGUCUACUCUCAAUGCUGCCCGCUCCUCCCUCCUCUCCUCCCUCCGGACUCUCUCCUCCCGCUGCGGUGUCGACGCGGGCGGGGAGUUUUGGACUGACAUGCAUGAUGCCGCCCUGCAGCGGUACCGGUGGGUGGCGGAAGCGGCGUUUGACAAGUGGUGCGUGGAUUGGGCGGCGGUGGGCGGUGGGUAUCGGCAGCGUGCGGGGAUGGUGGUUCCUGGGGAGGUGUGGAGGAGGGAGGGAUUGCAUGGUGGGGGGAUGGAGAAGGAUAUAGAGAAGGGGUUGAGAGGGACGGGGGGGAGUGAGAGCGAACGAGACCUGGAGAGACAAGGGAAGGGAGGAGAUAAGGGGGCGGUGAGGGCAGACGAGGGCGGAGGGGGAACGGAGGGGCAAGAAACGCCAGAGGCGAACGCGAGGAGGAGGGAAGGGGAGAGAGCAAGUGUGGGGCGGAUGGGGCCACAGCCGGAGUUCUCCUUCUUGCUCCUACCUGACCCACUCUCCCCGCCACCGGCGGUGGGGAAGGGAGGGGGGUUGGAUGCGCGGGCAGUGGUGGAGGUGGUGGUGGGGUGCAUGCGGCAUGUGGGGUUCAAUGCCUCGGGCAGUGGGCUGGGCGUGCCUGCAGAGCUGCUCGUGCUGCUGGGCGUGGGGCGAGAGGGACAGCGUGGGCAGGCUAAGGGGCUGGGCGGGGUGAUGGGGCAGGGAGGAGUGGAGAAUGGGGAGGGUGGGGAGGGUGGGGAGUGGGAGCGGGUGGCGGCAUGGAGCCAGGCAGCGUGGGCAGUGGAGGAGCAACGACUCACUGUGUUGCCCGUGAUUCGAUUUUCUGGCCCGGGCGGCAAGGGGGAAGGUGCUGGUGCUGCUGACAGGGGCGAACGCAGAGGCGGUGGCUGGCUGUGGCUGGGUUCAUGGGAGGAGAGGGUGGAGGAGAGGUUGGGAGGGAUGGGAAGGGGUUGGAAGGGGGGGGGGAUGGGAGGGGAGGGAGUGGGAGGAAAGGGUGGUGGUGGUGAGGCUGGGGUGGGUGGUGUGAGAGAGGGAGGAGUGGAACAGUGGAUGAGGGAGUGGGGCGACUUGGGCAGGGAGUGGCACAGCGCUGCCAACCUCACAGGCCCCAGCAGCAGUGGUAGCAGCACCCCGCCCCCUCCUCUGACCUACACGGGGUGGGUGCAGGGCACACCUCUAGCCGUCCGCCGCUCUGCCCUCCUCUCCCUGGGCUCGCUUGGACCCCUGCAUGGGGGAGGGAUGGGGGGAGCAGGCGAGGGGCAGGGGGGGUCUAGGGUGGGUGGGGGAAGCAAUAAUUGGGGGAACGUUGGGGUGGGAAGUGGUUCGGGUGCUGCUGCAGGGUUACACGAGUUUGCUGCACUUGUCGCUCCUUAUAUGCAUGCUGCGAAAGAAAGAAUAGCCGUCUUGAAUUCACACUAA